AUGAGUGACAACGUUGACCCGUCGGAUGUCAAGAAAGCUUGCUUCGCCGACCUGAGUCGGCUUCGACAGAACGAGCUGCCUUUGAGCAGCAAGGAACACAGAGGUUCUUCCUACACUCCUUCGGGAGACAAUACCGCUCGAAAUAUUGCUUCGGACGUCAAGAAGAACCUCAAGAGCAAGUGGAGUGUGACAAUCUUCGACGAGGAAUCGGAGCAAAUCCAAGGACUUUCCAACGAAGACGCCCGCCCUUGGGCCAAGAAAGUUGCCCAAGCCUACAUGAGCAAGAAUCCCACGUCUUCUGCACCUCCACGAGUUGGGCCGAGUCCUUUCGCCGCAAAGAAGACCAAUUUCAUGGGAACACACACGCCCAGCGGUACCGUCGGCAAGCUUGGGGGACUCGUGCCUCCUGGCGGAGCCGCGACUCUGCGCUCAACGCCAAAGGACAGUGCGAAAUGUGGCGCGACAAUGUCUUGCACCACCGCUUCGCAGAAGACGGCAACGCCGCAACCCAGUUUGGCCGGCCAGAGCCUCGACAAGAAAGAUGCACUCCCUGAAUUGCAUCGAACACCUGGCGGGACAGCACUACACUUCAGCGUUAACCCCAUUACUGACCCCGGUUCGGCGGACCAUACCCUAUGCCACGGCAAAUGUGCGGUGAAGCUGCCUCAAGCUGCCGAGGACAUCACUGCCAACUUCGUUCUCAAGAUUGAGAAGCCGACGAACCGCGCACUACUGGUGCUUUCCGCUCCGGGAAAGCCCCAGCGGGUCCAUAACAUCGUGGACUUGAAGCAGCCUGUCAUCCAGAACAACUAUUGCCUCGUCGCUAGCGUUCCUGGCCGGGCGAACGUCGCUUACUUAUUGAGGCUCCAAACAGCUGAGCUUACAGCCAAGUUCAAGCUGUACUUGGAAAGUCUUCAGGUUACGAUGAAGCGGCAGCAAAAGUCCACCUUGCCGCUCCCUAAAAGAACGGGCGAUGGGACGGCCACGGGAUCGGGAGUCCGCAACAAUGGAGAGGCAUCUUCGCAGAGCUCACGCUCUGCCAUGCCGGCACAUGGCCCUUCCACGCCUGUUUCGACUGCUCCACUCACUACGGUUGCAUCACAGGGCCCGUCGGGAUCUUCCGCUGCACCUAUGCUGGUCGACCUCGAUGAUUCUGACGAAAGUCGAGAUCCCGCAAACCCUUACGCAACCAUUGAAGACGCGGCCGACAAGCUAUGCACGCUCAUGGACAGCCUUGAACGUGAUUUCGUGGACAAGGGGUUCCCGUUGACAGGUGACGCGGUCGAUGAGCUCCAGGAUACUGCCAUCGACAUUUGGCUUCAGAGGGGCUUUUUGGGGGCCGAAGACGCUGACAUCAAGGAGGACAUGAUCAAGCUCCUCAAAAGCUUGUUUCAAGUCAAGCGCCAGGCAAUGCAGUUCCGACACAAAUUCAAGACCAGCAGGGUACUCAGAUCGAGCAGCACACAGGUAGCCGAGUCUUCUUCGAUAAAGUCUCUCCAGGAACUUCAGCUUGGUCCAGCUCCACGAGGUCGAAUUCAGUACACCUCCGAGCAAAUUUCGCAGCUAGCUGCCAAGGCAACAUCGCGUCCGAAAGACCUGGACAGGGCGGAAUACCUGCCUCCUCCAGGGACGAAGAGAAUUAAGCUUUCUCCGGCACCAAAAAUUGACGGACUCUCUCAGGUUCGGAGAUGGCUCAACAACGGCGAGAGGCAGGCUCCAGCCGGCCCAAGGCCUCUUGCGUCGUCCUCGAUUCCUGUUUCCAACGUGCCUGUCCCGGCAACGAUGCCCGCGAUGCCUGUCACUGCAACGCCGGGCGCUGUGAAGACGUCCAGUGCAACGUCUUGCGAAGCAAUGGAGCUCGACUCCCUCCCGCCCACUCCGGCGUUACGUCAGGCAGCUCCCGCUUUCCAGGGUACCACCGGCGGUAUAUCGACAGCCAAUACCUCCACAGUGUCUGUCUUGGAGGCCAAGAAGGGCACCGAGCUGGCAACAAAGAAUGCUGCAGCGCAGCCACCGGCCCCAAAGCCGGUCGCAAAAGGCCUGGCCAAUUCCCGCUGGGCAAACUAG